GGUAAUUUUUAUUUGACAAUUGGGUAACCAAUGAACGUGUAAUAUGAUAACUGUCUACUUUUAUUAAUGAUUAUUUCAACACUCGACUUCAGUUAGUAAAGUAUAGUCAACCUGAUAGUACGACCAUUACACCGGCUUCAAUUACGUAAAUAAUAUUGUUCGUUACUUAGUUGCUUGACUUGAAAAAACAAGAUGUCGAAAAUUCAGGCUGGUCCAGUUGUUGAUAUUCUUGGAGAUGAAAUGACUAGAAUUAUCUGGGAUUUAAUUAAGAAUAAAUUGAUUUUACCAUUCUUGGACAUUGAGCUUCAUACUUACGACUUAGGUAUUGAGCAUAGAGACAAAACGGAAGACCAAGUUACCAUUGAUUGUGCUGAGGCUGUCAAAAAAUAUAAUGUUGGUAUUAAAUGCGCCACUAUCACUCCUGAUGAGAAGAGAGUAGAAGAAUUUAACCUGAAAAAGAUGUGGAAGAGUCCCAAUGGUACCAUUCGUAACAUCUUGGGGGGUACAGUUUUUAGGGAAGCCAUUAUUUGUAAAAACAUUCCUCGUCUUGUAACCGGAUGGGAAAAGCCCAUUAUUAUUGGACGUCAUGCCCACGCUGAUCAAUACAAAGCAACUGACUUUGUUGUUCCUGGAGAAGGCAAACUUGAACUGAUAUUCACUCCUCCAUCUGGGGAACCAAUUAAGCACGUCGUUAAUGACUUUAAGGGAGCUGGUGUAGCCAUGGGUAUGUUUAACACUGAUGCUUCUAUUGUUGAUUUCGCUCAUUCGUCCUUCAAAUAUGCCCUGGACAGAAAGUACCCUUUGUACCUUAGUACCAAGAACACCAUUCUUAAAAAGUAUGACGGUCGCUUCAAAGACAUUUUCCAAGACAUUUAUGAGAAGGAAUAUAAAUCUCAAUUUGAAGCCGCUGGUAUUUGGUAUGAGCAUCGUCUCAUUGAUGAUAUGGUUGCUUACGCUAUGAAGUCUGAGGGUGGUUUUGUGUGGGCUUGCAAAAACUAUGAUGGAGACGUUCAGUCUGAUUCUGUGGCUCAAGGAUACGGGUCAUUGGGACUUAUGACAUCAGUUCUCAUCUGUCCUGAUGGAAAGACAGUCGAGGCUGAAGCAGCCCACGGAACUGUUACUAGACACUUCCGCUUCUACCAACAAGGGAAAGAGACAUCCACUAAUCCAAUUGCCUCUAUUUUCGCAUGGACUAAAGGUCUCCUGCACCGUGCCAAAUUGGACAAUAAUGACGAGUUGAAAAAGUUCGCAGAAACUCUUGAGAAUGUCUGCAUAGAAACGAUUGAGUCUGGUAUAAUGACGAAAGAUCUUGCAAUUUGCAUUAAGGGCAUGAAUAAUGUUAAGAGGUCAGACUACUGUGAAACAUUUGAAUUCAUGGACAAGCUAGCUGAAAAUUUGAGAAAGAGUUUGGGAAAAUGACUAAAUAGUGUCAAACAGAAGAGUAAUCUUUAAUAUUCUUUUUUAUUUAUUUACAAAUCUGUAAUGGGCUUGAGGAUAUAUUAACGCAUUUAUUUAUACUUCUUUUUAAAUAUAUUAAAUAAAUACAUGCUAUAAAA